CCAUCCCGACCUACCACCAAGCUUGCUCGACAAUGCGUUGAUGCUCAAUCCACUCACCCGUACGUAUCGCAUCACUUUACACUUUACUUACCUCCUGUCGAAACCCGCCCAUUGACACGCGAAUCGAGCUGGCCGACUCGCGAACAUGGCAUCCCUAAGAGCGCACUCGGCUGCUCGGCUUCUGCGAGUCUCCAGCACGAUGACAAGCCGAUCAGCCUUUGCCACAGCCCAGGUGCGACUGAAAUCCGACAACGCUUCGAUCGCCCUUAGCCAAAACAAUCUGCCCAGUCCCCCCGAAACCCGGCCUGCUAAUGCUCCUGAUUAUAAUGUUCACAUCGACAAGGCGACCUCGACGUAUACCCCGGUACCUAAGUAUGUUAUGGAUGGUAGCGAGGAUACUGAAGUUGUUCCUGCUGCCGUUUUGUCGGGUGCGCCUAUCGAGCUACAAGCAAGAACUGUCCGCAUCUAUCAACCGUCCAAACCCGCUACACAGUCUGGCACCUGGGGCGCCCAUCAUUGGCGAAUGGAUUGGGAUGUUUUAGCCAAGGGACACCGAUGGGAGAACCCGUUAAUGGGAUGGCAGUCAUCUGGAGAUUUCAUGCAAGGCACCAAACUCGAGUUCAAAACCAAGGAGGAUGCCAUUCGCUUUGCGGAAAAGCAAGGCUACGAAUAUUAUGUGCAAGAGCCUAAACAGAGAGCUUUCACACCGAAGGCUUACGCCAACAACUUUUUGUAUUCGCCGAAGAAGCUCAAGCUUGUCCGGGCCAAAUAGUUCGAGACGCGGUUGCUCGUGACAGUACGCAUAAUUGUACAUAUAUUUAGACGGUGGUUUCUUAGAAGUAUCGCAAAAGGCAAUGCCUGUCUCCGCUGAGUAUCGUGAAGACCUUAUCAAAUGGUAUUCGCCCCCCCCCGAACUCCAUAACGAACGCCUCUUAAGCAAAUACCCCGUACCAAAGAAAAGCUAUCGUCUUUUCGUCAAAUGCACUUUCAACGCCAUACCCCCACGUUUCAAAACAAGAAUAACAAGGCCAUCAUAAUAUGUAGCGAGCCAUUUGACAUCUACUAGACGCCAAAGUCGUAAGCCAUAAACGCCAUUUCAUCAUUCAACCCUGAAGACCUUGAGGUUGUCGAAGCGCCAGAUCAAGUUUGUCCAAAGC